AUGGAGACUCUCGGUAAGGUGCACAUUUGGCUAGACCCAGCAAGUACCGCACACACCAAGGAGCCUCAAGUAGAAAAGAGUGUUGAAAAACGUCCAGUAGGGGUUAGGUCGUCACCUUUAGUUGAUCAUUCACACGUCCCAUACCCCGCCCGCCUUAAGCAUCAAAAAUAUGCUAAGGAAUAUAGGCAAUUUCUCGAAAUGUUUAAGCAAUUAAAGAUCAACCUUCCUUUCAUCGAAGCCUUACAGUCCAUGCCUAAAUACGUCAAAUUCCUUAAGGACCUUCUCAAACGUAAGGAUAGGAUAGGUGAGCUUUCAAAUAUUCUAUUGACCGGAGGUUGUUCUGCGGUGGUCUUGAAUAAGCUACCGGAGAAACUAACUGACCCGGGUACAUUCACCAUUCCAUGCUUCUUCGGGCGUGCCGUUAACCCCGCCCAUGCCUUAGCCGACUUAGGUGCUAGCAUCAACUUGAUGCCGUUCUCUCUUUAUGAGAAGCUACGGUUAGGAGAGCUUACACCCACGCGUAUGUCAUUGUCCUUAGCCGACCGCUCGGUUAAAUAUCCUCGUGGAGUCAUAGAGAAUUUGCUUGAGGUAGAUAAGUUCGUGUUUCCCGUAGACUUCGUGGAUCUAGAUAUGGAGGCCGAUGAGAGAGUUCCGAUCAUUCUUGGCCGUCCAUUCCUUUGUACCGCAAAGGCAGUCAUGAUGUCUUUGCCGGUAAGAUUUCACUUCGUGCGGGCGAUGAGAUAG